AUGCCUUCCAACAAGUCUACCGCCGAAAAGGUCCGCGAGGAACGUGAGCUUGCUCGUAAGAACCUUCCUCCUGUUCGCUACGAUAUGUCCCUCCUUCGCAAGGCUAUCAACUUGCAGACCAACACGAGCGCCAAUGGGGCCAGGGAGCCUGUCCAGUCUUUCUUCGACUCUGAGACAGAUGAUGGGGGUGAUGGAAAAUGA